UGCUCAGUUUAAAAUUAGCAACAAUGUGGUUAGUUAUUAAGUCCGGUAGAGCUAUUAUUUAUUUUAUAGCUUUAGUGUGUUUUUUAAAUUUUACAAAAUGUGAAGUUGCUUCAACUUUAAGAAAAGAUGAGGUGGUACAAGGUGGACAAUGCGAAGCAAAAAUAAGGCAAUGCACAUUAAAAUCGGUUCCAAACUCAAGUAAAAGUCACACAGUACACGAUGUAAUGGGCAAACCAGGACAAAAGGGGGAAAAGGGAAAUAAUGGCGUAGAAGGCAAAACUGGCAUUCAAGGACAACCAGGGAAACCGGGAAAUGAUGGUGUCAAAGGAGACAUGGGUCAAAAGGGAGACAGAGGAGAAGAGGGGGAAAGAGGCGACAGAGGCUAUGAUGGUUUACCAGGAUUAAAAGGGGAGAGGGGUGAUCCAGGUUUACUGGGCCCUCCAGGCAUAAAAGGAGAUAAGGGAGGAAAAGGGUCUGAAGGUCACAUUGGAAACCCCGGGGAACCAGGCCAAAAAGGAGAUUCGGGCGAAGAUGGCCUACCAGGAAAAAGAGGUGAACCGGGUGUACAAGGACUUAAAGGUGAAAAUGGAACACGGGGAAUAAAAGGCGAAAGAGGAGAGAAGGGUGUACAAGGUGUAUCAGGAACUAAAGGGGACCGAGGCGAAAGGGGAUCAGAUGGUAGUCCUGGCGAGUGCAAACCCUGUAUGUGCCCUCCUGGCCCACCUGGCCCUCCCGGCCCACCAGGCCCACCCGGACUAUCCGGCAAAGAAGGACCACGAGGACCACAAGGCCCACCUGGUCCACCUAGACCAUCCCCGGGCAUUGAAGGAGAUGAAGACGAAAAAGGCGAUGAAGACGAUACAUAAAAUAAUUAUAGCUAUCUUUAUUACAUUUAUAUUAAAUGCAAAUUAGUAUGUAAACUACAAG